GGUCAUUGAGCCGGAGGGAGGUGCUGGUUAUUCAGACUGACAGUGAGACUGGUUGAAGAAUCAUCUCCUGUGGAACAUUUCUACGAUACAAACUGUACAGAGCUGUGAAGAAAAGAACAAUGUCAAGACCGAGGCCCGUGGUGCUGAGCGGCCCCUCAGGAGCAGGGAAGAGCACUCUGAUGAAGAGGCUAAUGAAGGAUCAUGAGGACGUCUUUGGAUUCAGUGUGUCACACACAACACGAAACCCUCGACCUGGAGAGGAAAAUGGAAAAGGGCUGAACACGCUUCCCAUGCUUCUGGGGGCUACUUUACUGCCCGUAGCAGACGUCUUCUCUUCUGAAGACUUAGAAAAGUCAGCCUCAUUGUCGAAUGCAAACAAAUCUGAAACCACAGAUAAAGACUACCACUUCACAACAAAAGAUGCCAUGCAGGAGGGUAUUGACAACGGAGACUACAUUGAAAGCGCUGAGUUUUCAGGCAACCUGUAUGGAACAAGUAAAGCUGCCAUAGAAGACGUGCAGGCCAAAAACCUAAUCUGCAUCUUGGAUGUGGACAUCCAGGGGGUGAAGAGGAUUAAAGAGACUGACCUGAACCCCAUCUACAUCUCCAUUCAGCCUCCCUCUAUAGAGAUCCUGGAAAAACGUCUGAGGGACAGACAGACAGAAACAGAGGAGAGCUUACAAAAACGCCUGGAGGCAGCGCGCAUCGAUAUGGAGCUCAGUAACGAGCCCGGAGUGUUUGAUGUUGUUAUCAUUAACGAUGACUUAGAGAGGGCUUACGAAGAGCUGAAAGUUAUCCUCAAUGACGAUAUCCAAAAAGUUCAGGAGGCCAAAUCCUAGGAAUGAAACUGCUGCUGGAUAGAAGAACCAACACUUGAGACUCUGGCCUGAAUAACUCCAUCUUCACUGACGGCAAACACAUCUGAAAGAAACUUUCUUCUUGAGAAAAGUUUGGUUUUCUUUCACCCUCUGUGUUAUAUAGUCGGUGGUUUGCUCACUUACGCAAAGAAGGAAACGAGGGACUCUGAAUUGAAUGACGUUUUUUUUUUUUUUGACUGAGAGAAUGGGGGUUUGUGUUAGAUUUAGAAAAACCAAUGGUUGAUUUCUAGCAGUGAACAUCCUAGCCCACACAUCUCUGCCAGCUCGCUCAGACAACUGCCACAUUCAGUGCUACAUUUGGUCUUCAUAAGCCAAAGUGUGAAGUACACGUCAGUACCACCAGUCAGCUACUCACAGCAAAAAUAGUUACACUUUCAAUUUAUUUGUUUUGUUGAAUUAUAAUAAUAUAAUUCACUCAUAGUAUAGUAUAUGUCGAUUAUAACUAAUAUUGUGUUAUUUAAAUAGUUACUCACAUGCUACAUAUUAUUUCAUGUGAUGAAGUGAUGAAGGAAGUCCAUGCAUCUGAGAUAGAAUGACUGCAUGUAUUGCAUUUAAAACAUUUGCAUGUGUGUUUGUGUACCAAUGAGUCUAAAUAAAGAAUGUGAGGACAAUGA